AUGACCGAUGAACUGGUAAUUGCUGGAGUAUUUUUGCGCCUAUUCAUCGCGAAUCCCUCAUGGCAAGUGCGCCAUCCAAAGCAAUUCACAACGGAACUUAUCGAAAAAGUGCUGGAAUGCAUGACUCAGCCGACAACAGAGCUGGAUACCGUUACCUCAGCUUUUGUUGCUCUUAUUACCAACCAUCCGUCUGUAGCGGAUCAUUUACCAGCACAAGGAUAUUUACCGCAGUUUUGCACGGCAAUGUCGUCAUCCAGUGGUUCGGCUUCGCGUUCAGCAAUCAUCAUUCUUUCGCAUCUCGCUGAAAAUACGAUGCUUUUGCGCUUAAAUUGUGUUUCAGCAUUAAUCGGCGAUUCAGCGCAUGCGCUGAAAUGUUUGCUGAAGCGAAACUGCAGUAAUCUAGCCGCUCAAAUGCUUUCAACUGGCAUGGUACAGUAUUUGUUGCAGCUACUGGAUAGUGCAAUGGAAGGUGUCAGCAAUGUUGCGGCAGCAAAAGCAGAAAUAGUGGAUGCGCUGAAGAAUGUUUCUCUGGACUUGCAACAUGGUGCUAAAAUUGCAGAAAUUCUGAACAAAUCUUGCAUUUGGGCCCAGUACAAGGAUCAGCAAGUAAGAUGUCUAUUCAAAUUUGAUUUUUACAAAUUUAUUGAAUCUUUUAAUCCUCAUAUAGGAUAUUUUCGAAUUUUAGGUGCGCAGUCCGGUAUUGCCGGUUAUUUAACUGAGCGAAUGUUUACACCACCAUCAACCAACUUCACACCACCACCAAUAUCGUCCAAAAAAAAAGAUAAUUGA